CAGUACCUUUGGUCCAUCAAASGAUUCAUGUGGAGAUAAGCUGUUGGAAAACUUUUCCUACUGAGAUAUCCAUGACAUUUACCAGAUUACACUGACUCCAUCGGCUGGUGAAGCGCCCAACUCCCCCUGGCUAAUUCAGCCUGCACGCUUUUAAAAGUUGUACCUUCGGAUGGGCCCCAGCCAUCAAUCUGAAAAAAAGCAGAAUCAGAAUCCAGCGUUAACACAACACCUGAAAUGGAGAUGGACACGGUUAUUCAAAUAUCCGAAUAGAAGGGGAGAGUGAGAGGAUUCCAAGAAUCAGACCAUGUUCAAGGCAGUGCUGAAGAAGAACAGAGACGGAGGGAAGGGGAGCAAGAAGGAACCAGCGGGUGAGCUCCACAUUGCACAGCGAAGGUGCCUGUCCAGCGGCGGUGCCUCCCAGACACAUGAGCCUGGAGGCCUCCACCGCCCCUACUCCCCAGAGGAUGUGUUCAGACUGAGCCUGGCCAAGGGCGUGUCCAUGUCUCUGCCCUCCUCACCCUUGCUGCCUCGCCAGUCCUACAUGAUGCCCUCGCGCUCUAGCAAGAGAUCCCCAGGUCCAAUCAGGAAGCCCAAGUAUGUGGAGAGCCCUCGUGUUCCUGGAGACGCCAUUAUCUCAGAGCUGAGGAAGGUGGCUGAUAGCAAGACAGAGUCCUCUCACUAUGCAGAGCUUCAAGCCGAGAAAGAGCCAAGCUCCUCCUCCUCCCCUGCCACUCAGGAGCUGAUGACAAGGCUGGGCUUCUUACUGGGAGAAGGGAUCCCAGGCACGGCUCGCAUACCUAUGGAAGACAAGAAUGAAAAGAAGUGUUCAGUGACUAGUCAGGGUAUCAGUCCCUGCUCCAGUCUGACCAGUAGCACGGCGUCCCCCUGCACAGAGAGCCCAUGCUCCACCCUGAACAGCAACGCCAGCCACAGCCUCCGACACAGCAGCAGCGGUCACAGCAAAACUCCUCUGACUCACUGUAGCCCCUGUGGAACCAUCGCCAGCCUCAGCUCCACGCUCGAGAGCAAGGACAGCGGGAUCAUAGCCACCAUCACAAGCUCCUCGGAGAAUGACGACCGCAGCGGCUCCAGCCUGGAAUGGAGUAAAGAUGGCAGCCUGAGGAGCAGCGGGCACCAUGGCCUGGUGCCCAGCGUGCGGGCCGAUACGUGCUCUCCUGUGGCGGAGGAAGACCCCAGUGGGCCCCCAGAGACCCCUGCCCCAUCCAGGACAGAGCACCCCACAGGCUCCUCAGCGGGGGCUGCAGGAGGAGCAGCAGUAGGACCAAGCCACCCACCAGAGGGCCCCGUUCCAUACCCCACAGCACACACCUCCUUGUCCCUCAUGAUGCCGCGGCCCAACUCUGUUGCAGCCACCAGUUCCACCAAGCUGGAAGACCUGAGCUAUCUUGAUGAACAGCGUAAUACUCCCCUGCGGACGUCCAUUCGGCUGCCCUGGCAUAACACAGGUGGGAGGGCACCACAAGACUCCAAAGCACGCUUCGCUCCCUACAAGACGGUGGACAUCAUGCUCAAGCCGCUGCUGUUCGAGGUGCCCAGCAUCACCACAGACUCUGUGUUUGUGGGCCGCGAUUGGCUCUUCCAGCAGCUGGAGGACGUUCUGAAGGGUGACGGUUGCGAGGAGAGCCGCGGAGCCGUGGUUGUGGGCAAUGUGGGCUUCGGCAAGACGGCCAUCAUCUCCCGCCUGGUGGCGCUCAGCUGUCACGGCGGGCGCAUGCGGCAGAUCGCCUCUAACAGCCCCAGCUCAUCGCCCAAAAAUGGUGGGGACCCCCAGAGCACCGACCUCCCCCUCAGCCAUCCCCCUCAGCCUACCCCUCCACGCAGCGCCACCAACACCAUGCGGAACAACAGCUGUCCCGGCACCCCUGAGGUCCAGAGACGCAAGGAGGAGGCCGUCAAACGCCUGGCCACCAAGGUGGUUGCAUAUCACUACUGCCAGGCUGACAACACCUACACCUGCCUGGUCCCAGAGUUUGUGCACAGUAUCGCUGCCCUGCUGUGCAGAGCGCACCAGCUCACCGCCUAUAGAGAGCUGCUGCUGAAGGAUUCCUAUCUACAGAGCAUGCUCAGUCUGCGCUCCUGCGUCCAGGACCCAAUGGCAGCCUUCCGCAGGGGCGUGUUGGAGCCGCUGGCCAACCUCCGCAAGGAGAGGAAGAUUCCAGAAGAAGACCAUAUCAUACUGAUAGACGGGCUAAACGAGGCAGAGUUCCACAAGCCCGACUACGGAGACACCAUUGCCUCCUUCAUCACCAAGAUAAUCUCCAAGUUCCCCUCCUGGCUCAAACUGGUUGUUACUGUCCGAGUCAACCUACUGGAAGUCACCAGCCUCCUCCCCUUCUCCAAGAUCUCCCUGGACGAUUUCCCAGAGAACAAGGAAAUCAACACGGACCUCAAUGCCUACAUCCAGUACCGCAUCAACGGCAGCAAAGACAUCAUGAACAACAUCUCCCUCAAUGGCAAGGCCGACCCCAUCAUUGUGGGCAAGGUGAGCAGCCACCUGAUCGCCCGCAGCCAGGGCUCCUAUCUGUACCUCAAACUGACCCUGGACCUGUUCGAGAGGGGCCACCUGGUGAUCAAGAGCGCUAGUUACAAGGUAGUGCCCGUGUCGCUGGCCGAGCUCUACCUCCUGCAGUGCAACAUGAAGUUCAUGACUCAGUCGGCAUUCGAGCGCUCGCUGCCCAUCCUGAAUGUAGCGCUGGCGUCUCUCCACCCGAUGAUGGAUGAGCAGCUGUUCCAGGCCAUCAACGCGGGUGCCGUGCGUGGUGAGCUGCCCUGGGACGACUUCCAGCAGCACAUGGAGACGUUGUCCUGUUUCCUCAUCAAGCGGCGGGACAAGACGCGCAUGUUCUGCCACCCAUCCUUCAGAGAGUGGUUGGUGUGGAGGGCAGAUGGAGAGAGCACCAACUUCCUCUGUGACCCCAGGAGUGGACACGCACUCAUGGCCUUCAUGCUGUCGCGACAAGAGGGGAAACUGAACCGGCAGCAGACCAUGGAGCUGGGCCACCAUAUCCUUAAAGCACACAUCUUCAAGGGUCUGAGUAAGAAGACGGGUGUGUCUUCCAGCGUGCUGCAGGCCCUCUGGAUCAGCUGCAGCGCUGACGGCCUCUCUGCAGCCCUGGCCUCUCUGAGGAACCUCUACACCCCUAACGUCAAGGUGAGUCGUCUGCUGAUGCUAGGCGGGGCCAAUGUGAACUACAGGACAGAGGUGCUGAACAACGGCCCGGUGCUGUGUGUCCAGUCCCACCUGGGCCACCAGGAGAUGGCCGGCCUGCUGCUGGAGUUCGGGGCUACCUUGGACGUGGUGUCCGAGAACGGCAUGAGCCCUCUCUGCUUCGCCUCAGCUGCCGGACACCUGGGUUUAGUCAGCCUGCUCUGCAAGAGAGGAGCCAAGGUUGACCAUGUGGAUAAGAGCGGUCAGUGUGCUCUGGUCCAUGCUGCUCUGAGGGGCCACCCUGGCAUCAUCCAGUACCUCUUGGAGCUGGAGUGGACCCCCGAGGGCCAGCAGCAGAACUGCAGUCUGAAGAACAAGGCCCUCCAGCAGGCUCUGAUCGCUGCCUCCAGCAUGGGACACACACAGGUUGUGAGAGGCUUGUUGGCGUUGAAUAACGAGCAUGCUGUGCAAAUUGAUGGCCAAGACACACUGUGGGGAGAAACCGCUCUGACAGUGUCGGCGGGCAGGGGGAAGAUGGACGUGUGUGGCUUCCUGCUGGAGCAGGGGGCCAUGGUGCAGCAAAUCAACCGCAGGGGGGUCUCACCUCUCUUCUGUGCUGUCAGACAGGGACACUGGCAGAUUGCAGAGCUGCUGCUGCAGCAUGGUGCUGACGUGAACAUCAGUGACAAACAGGGACGGACACUACUCAUGGUGGCGGCGUGCGAGGGCCACCUGAGCACGGCCGACUUUCUGCUGUCAAAGGGUGCGUUGUUGACGUCGAUGGACAAGGAAGGGUUAACGCCCCUGAGCUGGGCGUGUUUGAAAGGACAUAAGAACGUUGUGCAGUUUCUGGUGGAGAAGGGUGCGGUCAUAGACCACACGGACAAGAAUGGACGGACUCCACUGGACCUGGCCGCCUUCUACGGCGACGCGUCGAUCGUCCAUUACCUGGUGGAGAGAGGAGCGGUGAUAGAGCAUGUGGACUACAGUGGCAUGAGGCCGUUGGACCGGGCGAUCGGGUGUCGGAACACAUCGGUAGUGGUGACCCUGCUGAAGAAGGGGGCUAAACUGGGGUACAGAACGUCGCCUUAUGAUCGAUCAGGGAAUGCAGCCUGGGCUAUGGCCACAUCCAAGCCUGAUAUCCUCAUCAUUCUCCUGCAGAAGCUUAUGGAGGAGGGCAACCUGCUUUACAAGAAGGGGAAGAUGAAAGAGGCAGCCCAGAGGUACCAGUAUGCUCUGAGGAAGUUCCCCAGGGAAGGGUUUGGCGAUGACCUGAAGGCCUUCAAAGAGCUGAGGGUGUCUCUGUACCUCAACCUCUCCCGCUGUCGCAGGAAAACCAACGACUUUGGCAUGGCUGAGGAGUUUGCAACAAAGGCCCUGGAGCUGAAACCCAAAUCGUACGAGGCCUAUUACGCCCGCGCCCGAGCUAAGAGGAGCAGCAGGCAGUUCACUGCAGCCAUGGCUGACCUGCACGAAGCUGGAAAGCUGUGCCCCAACAACCGGGAGAUCCGGCGGCUGCUGGCCCGUGUGGAGGAGGAGUGUAAGCAGAUGCAGCGCAGCACCACCCAGGGCAACCCGCAGGGGGCAACGUCCUCGUCCAACCAGGCUCCGGCGAACCACGACUCUGACCACGAACACGAGGAAGAGGAGGAGGAGGAGGAGGUGUCGGAGCAUAGAGUGGCUGUCAGUAGAGGUCUGGAUGGACAGAACACUCUGAGGUUGAACGAUGUGGAAGAGGAGGAGGGGACUUCUCAGCAGUCUCACCACUCAGAUAGGAGAGGAGAGAAGGGUGAGCCCUGGCCUCAGAAGAUCUACUCCCUCAAUAGAACUCUGCCUGACUCACUCAGUCUGGCCACCCAGCCGCCGCAGCAGCAGAACACCAGGCCUGGCUCACCCCCCUCCGGCCUCACAGGCCCUGGAAGGCUGAGUCACCACCGCUACCCCCCCAGGGAGCCCAGAGAGCCCAUGGCCCAGCAGGGCCUGGUCCUCCAGCCCACCAAGCAGGCCCAGAUAGUGAAAACCAACCAGCACAUGAGCUCCCUGCAGGCAGGAGGCCGCACCUCGGGGGCCAAGUCCCAGUACGCCCCCUCCAGCCCCCUGCCCAGCCGACACAUGUCCAGCAUGCUGAAGCCAGGGGGUCUGGGCAUAGACAUCAGCCCGCUACCGCCCCCUCCUGACGAGCCCGUCUACGGGGAGCAACGCCUGUCCAUGGCUCCUGCCUCCCAGAACAUGGCUAUGGGCCACCACUGCGAAAGGGACAGCGAAUCCCUGCACUCUGCCCAGGCCUCCUACUCCUCCCAGGACCGUCUGUCUGCUCACUCGGUGUCCUCCCUGGACGCUCUGACCUCAGGGUUUCCCCAGGACCCCCUCAAUGCUGCAGGGCCACGCCAGGAGCGGCGGAAGGAGUGUGGGGGUAACGGGGUCUCCCAGGCAUGCUCCCAAGGGGGAGGCAGCAACAUCAGGGUGUCCAGCUCCACCAGCUCCCUGGCGUCCAGCAGUAGCCUGUCUGACAGCGGCAAGCUGCAGGGCCCUGAUGUACGCACCAAAACCACCACAGACAAGGCAAAGCAGGGCCAGAACCAGGGAGGCACGAGCGAGUGGAAACCCAGGCCCUUCAUGGGCAUCAUGGACAAGAAGGCACGCUUUCUUCAGCAGCAGCAGCAAAUGCAGCGGGAACUACUGCAGCAGGAACAACUGCAGCGAGAACAACUGCAGCGGCAACAACUGCAGCGGCAACAACUGCAGCAGCAACAACACCAAGGGCUCCAGAACCACCCAGGCCUACAGCCCACCACCGGAGCCCUCCGCAGCUGGCAGAGUCACUCCUCUGAGGGAUUAGUGUCCCACACCAUGUCUGCCAUGGGCCUCCAGGCAGCAGGGGUGAACUGUGAGCUACCUUAUGCCAAAAUAGGGAGCACUUACCACGAGCAGCUCAAAGCUCCAUCUCAGGGUGCUAUGGGGAGCCUGCAGAAUGGAAUGUACUCAAAGGAAUUUGCAGAGAAGUUGUGCCAAGCAUCCACCUGUUACAAGGAAUCCAAGCCAGCUCUGGCAAUGCCGUCGCACACGUUUGUGGACAGUAAGCCCAAGCAGCCAAGCUUAGUCCGAGAGAAUCCCGCCAUUCACGUAGCUUCAAUGAAACCAAAGCGAUCAUUCAUAGAGUCAAAUGUGUAGGAAUAUUUAUCUCCCCUCUCUCAACACAGACACGUGCGUGCAUACACAAACAACGAGAUACACACGCUGGCACGCACAUACAGACAACAUGCACAUUGCACACACUCAACACACCCACAAACACUUUACACACACACCUUUGCAAAAAUUCUAAGUGGAGAGUUUUUUAUGGGCUGGUAAAAACUUAAGCAAUGUAAGUCAAAACUUUGAAAGAAGUACGCAAACUAUGUUUGUUCCCCCUGUGAAUAUCUGCCACAUGGAGCGUUUUGAUUGAAGCAGUAACAGAUGUAUUUCUUUCCUACUAUCGCGUACAGCUGUUUGCUUCUGUUACAGGAUGACAUGUUCCCUCUCAUUCAGCAAAGCUGGAGACAUUGCAGUGACAGCACUUUACGCAUUUACAUAGGCCUUUAAGUAAAGUGCUUAUACAACAUAUAUUACAGUAUAAUGGUAUUACUGAAUUGUUCAGUGUUAAGUAUAAGUCAAUAUUUGCAUCCAAAAUGGCACCCUAUUCGCCAUAUACUGUAGUGCACUACUUUUGGUCGACCCUGGUCAAAAGUAGUGCACUAUAUAGGGAAUAGGGUGCCAUUCUGGACAUAUCCAAUGGGAUUUGAACUGUGUUCAUUAUGUCAAUGGUGCUGAUGGCAGAAUUACAGAGCUAUUUAGAAGAGCUGUAAGGAUAUGUUUAAGAUGGGCAUUCCUGUGUUCUAAGGAUGUUGUAGAUCCUCACAUUGUGUAUAUAUAAAUAUGUAUUAUUCCUUAUUUUGAGUGAAGAUCAAUGUCAGUGUAUUGACUUGUUCAAAUUAUCUGUAUUUUGAGGUUUAUUUUAUGCACAAUUUGGUUCCAACUGUGUUCAAGGUUCUGAUGUAUUUGUUUAUAUGUUUGUACAUUCUAUAAAUUGCCCGAUAACGUUAACUAAAUCCUCUCUGUAUCUGCUUGUCGUUGCUGUCACGUUAAUUUAUUUACAGCGUCUAUAGCUUGAUUCAUUGUAAAAAAAAAAAAAUAUUUUAUAUAGUUAUUUUUGCACAGCUACUAAGACAUUUUACGAUUUCAAUAAUAAGCUCUGUCAAAGUAAUAUUGGUUUAAGUGCAUGCCACAAUUUCAAUUUAUAAUAAAGAGUUUUUUUUUUUUAAUCUAUAAACAAAAGGUUUGGGGGAGCGUGGUGCCAUCGAUAAUAUUUUAAUAUGUAUGUAUGUUGAAAUGGUUGCCAUGUUUCCAGUAUUGUGAGCUGUGUUACCCAUAAUCACAUACUGUAAUAUAACAUUACUGCCAUUCCCAACAUAGGGAAAUAAAAUCCCACUGAGAAAACA